AUGGCAGCAACUCGAUCAGCAAGAUCCGCCAAAACCAGCAGCAAAUCCAAGAAAAAAAGUUCAACUUCAACCCAGGCUGCAACCAAUCCAAAGAAGGGCGGGGUAGGAGGAAAAGCUAACUCUUCUAAAAAGAAUCCUAGAAUUUGUACUAGGAAGAACUUGCAAUUGGAUACAGAUGACGAGUACAACUCAAGCAACAAUCAAGAAGAAACGGUACGCACUGGAAAGUCCAAACCGGGCCCGAACGAUCCGCCCCAAACCGAAAGAAAUCAAUCUCCUCCGCACCACAAUAACUUGGUCGGUUUAACCCUUGAAAACUUUGGUAGCCAAUUGGACAGUUGGUCUAUACAACAACUUCGCCAAGCCUCUCAGCAAAACAAAGAUAUCCACUCUAAUUGGAUUCCACCCGAAGUUCAAGACGCACUUACAUUGCUUAAACAAAAUUAUAUAAAAAGCAAGCUCAUGCUUGCAUUGAUUGGACAUGUUAGUGAAGCAACUGUGAAUAAAUCGCUUGGCAAAAAUAAACCCCCAAGGCGAAAAUGCUCCUGGAAUCGCUUCUUGGCCUUCAGCUUGGAGAGUGCAAAAACUCCUGGUAAGUUUCCUCCCACCCUCACCCAGCCUCACAAACCUAGCAAUCAUGUUUAA